ACUUCCGGUGCGUUUCGAAGUUUCCGCUCUCCUGAGCGUGGAUUGAACGCUCCGGCGCUGAAGUCGGUGGCGGUGGUGGUUUGUUCCCCCGGUGAUUGAAAUUCCCCCCGCGACAUGGCUUCUUCUCGCGCUUCGGCCACGGCAACCAAAACCCCUAGCAGGACUCCUGAAGAUACUGCCUCCCCUGUGGUGAAGAAGCCUCAUAUCUACUAUGGCAGUUUGGAAGAGAAAGAGAAGGAGCGUCUUGCCAGAGGGGAAUCAGGGAUGUUGGGGAAAGAAGGAAUUAAAGCUGGAAUUGAGGCUGGAAAUAUUAACAUAACAUCUGGGGAGGUUUUUGAAAUUGAAGAACAUAUCAGUGAAAGGCAAGCAGAAGUAUUGGCUGAGUUUGAGCGACGGAAGCGAGCCAGGCAAAUCAAUGUUUCCACGGAUGACUCGGAAGUUAAGGCUUGCCUUCGAGCUUUGGGUGAACCAAUCACACUCUUUGGUGAAGGCCCUGCUGAAAGGAGAGAGAGAUUGAGAAAUAUUCUCUCUGUGGUUGGCACAGAUGCCUUAAAAAAGACCAAAAAGGAUGAUGAAAAAUCGAAAAAGUCCAAAGAGGAGUAUCAACAAACUUGGUACCAUGAAGGAUCCAACAACCUGAAGACUGCUAGGCUGUGGAUUGCUAAUUAUUCACUACCCAGAGCAAUGAAGCGCUUGGAAGAAGCCCGUCUCCAUAAAGAGAUUCCAGAGACAUCUAGGACAUCCCAAAAGCAGGAAUUACAUAAAUCUCUUCGGUCUUUGAAUAACUUCUGCAGCCAGAUUGGAGAUGAUCGUCCCAUCUCCUAUUGUCAUUUUAGUCCCAAUUCCAAACUCCUGGCCACAGCGUGUUGGAGCGGGCUGUGCAAACUCUGGUCUGUCCCUGAUUGCAGCCUCCUGCAUACCCUAAGAGGCCACAACACUAAUGUUGGAGCAAUUGUUUUUCACCCCAAAUCCACUGUUUCCUUGGAUAAGAAAGAUGUCAACCUGGCCUCUUGUGCUGCUGAUGGCUCUGUGAAACUCUGGAGUCUGGAGAGUGAUGAGCCUGUGGCAGAUAUUGAAGGCCAUUCGGUACGUGUAGCAAGAGUGAUGUGGCAUCCUUCAGGACGUUUUCUGGGCACCACCUGCUACGACCGUUCAUGGCGCCUGUGGGACUUGGAGGCCCAGGAAGAGAUUCUACAUCAGGAGGGCCACAGCAUGGGCGUGUAUGACAUUGCCUUCCAUCAGGAUGGUUCUUUGGCUGGCACUGGGGGACUGGAUGCAUUUGGUCGUGUAUGGGACCUGCGUACAGGUCGAUGCAUCAUGUUCCUAGAGGGCCACCUGAAGGAGAUUUAUGGGAUCAACUUUUCCCCAAAUGGCUACCACAUUGCAACUGGUAGUGGCGACAACACAUGCAAAGUGUGGGACCUCAGGCAGCGGCGUUGUGUCUAUACCAUCCCUGCUCACCAGAACUUGGUGACUGGAGUCAAGUUUGAGCCUAUCCAUGGGAACUUCUUGCUUACUGGUGCCUAUGACAACACAGCCAAGAUCUGGACACACCCUGGCUGGUCUCCACUGAAGACCCUGGCUGGCCACGAGGGGAAAGUGAUGGGUCUGGACAUUUCUUCAGAUGGUCAGCUCAUAGCCACCUGUUCCUAUGAUAGGACCUUCAAACUUUGGAUGGCUGAAUAGAUUGUGUCCAUGGACAUGAGUCUGUGACUCAGAUGUCUGGUCCCAAGUGCUUCCUUUUUUUGCCAGUUUGGUCAGAAGAAGGGGAUCAGUGUGGAGUGAUCGACUUUGCCACUCACUGUGUGUAGGAGGGGCAGUUUUGCCCCACAGCAGCCAGGCCAAGUGAUCCUGGGCUAUUUCACUCCCACUUUAAGGAGCUCUGCGAUGGACCAUGUUGGCAUUACCUUUUUUUUUUUUUUUUUUUUUUACUUAUGCUGUAGUGAAUUUCUUCCCUUAUGGUCAUCAUCUGUUUGUGUGCCCUUUCCCUUUCUCAACAUCCCGUGGAUUAUGGUGCCUUUCUUCCCUUAAUAGAAACUCCAUCAUGGCCCCUGAAACCUGACCCACUAGGUCAUGGUCAUGUACUGUAGUUAGACAUGACCCUAAGAGCACGUGGCUGGACUUCGCUUGGAAGCUGACAAGUCUAGAUGUGUUUGUGAGUGUGCACUGCUUCACACUUCCAUAGUAUCAUCAGAGAAACUAUCCUUCCCCUGAGAAUUAAAGAAUGAACCAGGAUAUGAACAACUUCCCAGGAACUUUUGAGGUCAAUUCCUGUUAAAUUAAUGUGGAGUGCUGAAGCAAGUUACAACUAAAAAUUUGUCUGGGAAUUGUCUUUUCUGUGCUUGUUUUCAUUUUCAUUUGGCUCCUGAUGGGCAUUCCUUUUAUGUUCCCCUCACUCUUGUGUCAGGAGUGAAUAGUAAUAAAAAGAUAACAGAUGAACCUUC